AUGUCGGUCAAGUUCGAAAAGGAGCAGAUUAGGACCACAACAGGUACUGUUGGGAAAGAUCAAGACACCAUUCACAAAAUUGGUGAAGCCUUGACUGGUGGUAAACAACAAAAUGGCUAUCUUGCAGCAUAUCUCAAGCAGCUUCAAUCAAACCCACUGAGGACCAAGAUGUUGACCUCCGGCACCCUUUCCGCCUUACAAGAGCUUUUGGCAUCCUGGCUUGCCCACGAUCGGAGCAAGAAUGGCCACUACUUCAGCUCCAGAAUUCCCAAAAUGGCUAUCUAUGGUGCUUUCAUCAGUGCCCCAAUGGGCCAUUCCCUGAUUGGAGUUCUACAAUGGAUUUUCGCUGGACGAACCAGUCUGAAGGCUAAAGUACUUCAAAUCAUCGUCAGCAAUUUAGUGAUCGCACCGAUUCAAAACUCGGUCUAUCUUACAUCCAUGGCAGUUAUUGCCGGUGCUCGUACGUGGCACCAGGUUCGUGCCACUGUCAAGGCUGGCUUCUGGCCCGUCAUGAAAGUGAGCUGGAUUACCUCUCCAAUCGCCCUCGCUUUUGCACAGAAAUUCCUCCCGGAGCAAACCUGGGUUCCCUUCUUCAACAUUGUUGCCUUCACCAUUGGCACCUACAUCAACACUCACACCAAGAAGAAGAGACUCGCAGCCCUUCGGAAGAGACAUUAUGGCGGUAGUGAUGGAAGGAGCCAAUCUGGCCGCCCCGACGAACGAUACUAG